UAUAAAAACAAACCCUGUUUACCGAUAACCAUUAUGCUUGCGUUGACUCAACGUGCGAAAUGGAUAAAACGGUGUUGCUUGUGUUCGUCUUCGUGCAAGUAAUCGUCACUGUGAACUGUCUCCAGUGCUAUCAGUGCACGAAUUGUACUACUCUAUCGAGUACACAACUCGUACAAUGUGGUAAUGUUUCUACGACGACAACAGCGCCUGCUAACGCUACAACUUCCAACAGUUCUUCGACCACUAGCAACAGUACAGGAAACAAAUUGAUUUAUGAUUCUGAAGACAUGAGAGCUGCUGAAAAAUAUUUUUGCUACGAAGUAAUAGGCGAUCUUAACGGGACGGAUCUUGUGGAAAGAGGAUGCAUGAAGGCAGCUUUGGGUUACUGCGUAAAAGUCCCAAACGAAUUGAAGUCUGUGAAGGCGUGUAGGACGGACAAGUGUAACGGGGCUUUUACCAAGCAGCUACCAAUAUUAACCACCAUUGUUAUGGUGUCCUUGUCACUUGCAAUUUAAUAUUAAGGGCUAAUUUAUCAAUCGGUCAGAUAAAAUUUAUCCAACAAAUAAAUGAAUAUAAACUGACUGAACACAAAGUGAGACAAAUUGACAACUUAAUACAUACUGUCAUUUUUAAUUCGUUUCCCUUGUACUUUAUAUUACGAAUAAUUUUUUUUUGAUAAUUGAAAA